GAUUGUUUUCUUGAGAAAAAACAAACAGUCCCGCACCUUAUCUCAAUGUGAAAGAAGAGUGGAUGCUAGCAUUCAGCCCGAAGACCAUUCCGGGCAAAAUAAUGUAAUUUGCAUACGACAGGCACGCACUUCAUGAUCCAUGUAAAAGAUGAAAAGCAUGGUUUACACGACCACCUAUGUUAUAACAUUGCCAUGUUUUAUUAAUGGAAGAUGAUCUCACAGAGGGUAAGAUAGGGAAUUUUGAGGGAGGAACAAUCACCCUAAAUUUGGAAGAUGCCACUCAGUUGAUCCUCCAGCAGCAGGGGUUACAGGGGGGAGGCCUGCCCCCAGGGACCUACCAGAUCCUGACCCAGGACGGAAUUCAGAUCUCCGACAAUUCCCUGACUAUCACAGAUGAUGGCCUGGCACAGAUACUGGGUGUUGAAGGAUCACAAGAUCUCGGUGAGCAGUCAGCAACAAACAGUGUAGGGGAGGUAACUGGAGCUAAUGUUUUGGACACUACAGCUAUACAUAAUGGAUCAGGGGAAGUAAGUGAGGCUCAUGAAGACAGUGUAGUUCUAGAAGAAAACUCAUCAACAGCCACAGGAGGAGAAAACUCUCUGCAACAAAAUAAAACAGCUACUGGAGACAAGGGAGAAAAUGAAAAGGAGAAUACUGAACAACAAAAAACACUUAGUGUAAUUUCCUGGGAAACAAAAGAUUUCACCACUCCAAAAAGCUCAGAAAAAGUCCAGGAAAAUACAUCACAGAUUUUACUGGAAAAUAUCAAGAAAUCAGAAGAUUCAGCUGAAGAUUCAGAAGUUUCCACUAUUCAGCCAGCCACAGGUUCCACCAUUUGUUCUAAUCAGCCAAUCAAAGAUCUCCAUGUCAUCAUAGAACAAGAGGCUCCGCCCACCCCUGACACACCCACUUCUGGCGCAUCACUGGAUCUCUCCAAACCUAUUGAAGUGACCAAUGAGACGAUUGUUAUCAUUGAUGGGAAGAAGUGUGUCCUGUCAGCAAAUCCAGACACAGGACAGCUCUGUGCCUACCCAGUGUUACCCUCAGAAGGGAAAAGAAAGCGUGGAAGACCCCCAAAUUCCUCUCGGAGAAAUGUAGGAAUGAUACCAUCGGCAAAGAAGGCAAAGAAACGAGACCCAGUGUUAAUGGAGACUUUCAUGGAACAGACUAAUGCUGCAGAGGGGCUCUUAGAAUUAUCAAAUACAGGCCCAGAUGGAGUAAGAAGAAGUGGAAGAAGCCGAAAGAAAGCCAGACUUCUGGAUGAUUACGAGGUGGCGGAGGUCGGCAGUGAUGAAGAAGCUGUAAAGGUUAAGGAGGAGAAGGAGGAGGACGCAGAAUUCUCCCUCCCUGGAAUCAGGAAACUCAAGACAGAUCCUAAUGAGGUCAACCCUGUCGUCCUGACAACGACCAUGACCUCAAAAAACUUCAUGUCACCCACUGGAGCAGUGAAAAGAGGGAGGGGUCGUCCCAGAAGGUACCCUCCCCCAGGCCAGUCUAGUAUCCCCACCCAAAUCCCAGCUGUGAUUAUUCCAGGGGCAAAUGGCCCAACAAUAAUGAUGGCACCAGUGCAGGGGAUUUCAAACAUGAACGCUUUGGCAGAGCAGAUAAAAACCUUACCCACAAUUGUCACAAAAGUGGUGUCACCGGUAGCUCCUAAACCUACCACCAGUAGUAUAGUGACAGUCCAAAUGGGAGGCAAAGGGACACAGAGCACCCCGGAAAUAACUACAUCCUCCCCCGUCAUACAAACCUCUAUAGCGGAACAGAAGCCCGCAGUGACAGUGAUGGACACCAGUCUGUCUGUAGACCCGAAUCUGUCAACUAGCUCUGUGGGUAUGUCCACUAGCUCCAGCAUGGUGCUGUCCAAUAUUGUCACGUCUCAGUCCACCUCUAAUGCCGACACUCUGUCCCUCAGCCAGUCCAUGUCUGACAACAUGCCAUCGGAAACCCUGCCCACCGUCACCAUGGAGUCCGAUGAUCUAGACAACAAAGAUCAGAUUCCUAUAUCUAUGUCUGUGUCAGAAGAUGACACUCUGGAUUUAGAUGAAAGUGUUGAUUCCUCAGAACAAAUCAGUGAUGAAAAGGGAGACAACAUCAAGCAAGAUCCAGAGGAUUUGCCCAAAGCAGACAUUUUGAAACCUGUGGCUGACCCAGAUCAGCAGACGAUUAUUCGAAUUCCAGAAAAUCUAAUCCAGAUGUUUCUACCCAAGAAGGACCCAGUCAAACUGGGUCUAAAGUUAAAGUUCAAUGAUCAGGAGUUACAGAACAUGAAGUGUCCAAAAUGUGAUUUUCAGGCUUAUUACCCCCAGCAGUACCAAAGUCACAUUGCAACCCACCCCGAGGAAAUCCAGAAGUGCAAGUGUUGUAACUUCGUCUCGUUUGACCCAGAAAAUCUGCUAGCUCAUUUCAAGGAAAACCACCCAAGAUGUAUAUGUAAUGUGUGUAACUUUAUGGCAGAGCAUGCUUACAUUAUCAAACGUCACAUGAUGAGACACAAUAUGGAAGGUUGCACCUGUCACACCUGUGGUAAGGUUUACAAGGACCAGUACAUCUUGAAGAUGCAUGUAAAAAUGGUUCACAUGCCAGCUGAGGUGCUGUUUGAGUGUACAGUGUGUUCGAAGAAGUUUACUCGCAAAGCCCAUCUGAAACGUCAUCUACGUAUCCACGAGCCAGAAAAACCAUAUAAAUGUCCUCACUGUGACUACAGGGGUUGUGAAAAAUCAGAUAUAUCAAAGCACAUCUUAAUCCAUGAGGAACCCAAACAUGUGUGUGAUGUAUGUGGUAAGGCCUUCCGACACAUCAAAAACAAAGAACUCCAUCUCAAAAGACAUAAUGGACAGAAGGACUAUAAGUGUGGUGUGUGUGAAUUCUAUGGCUACACCUUCACGGACAUCAGGAAACAUAUAGAGAGGAAACAUUCCGACGUCAAAUCUCAUGUCUGUGAGAAGUGUGGAUCCAUCUUCAAAACGGAUUCUCUUCUCAAGGAACACUUAAAGAAUGGGUGUGAGAUGUUCAUGAUAGAGCAGGCUUUAGCUAUCGCCACGUCAACAGGGGGGACAAGCCAAGCCACCAUUCAGAUUCCAUCCAACUCAAUCUCAGCGGAUAACGAGUUCAUCUCUAAACCGGGAAACUCGGGGCCAGUCAACAUAACAGUAGAACAGGUCACGUUGGGAGAUACAAUCACUUUAUCAGAGGAGCAUCUCCAGGCAGGCCUGAGGGAUGGAACACUCAGUAUUCCAGACACCCAGGUCAUAGAGUCAGCGUCACUAGACGAAGGUCAGGUCGAGGUCAUCUCCCAUGGUCACAUCAUUGAGGAGGGACAGGUGAUUGAGUCUGGUGAUGGAGUGAUGUCAGAAGAAGAGGAGGAGCAUGAAGAAGAUGUGGAGGAGGAGGAAAUGAUUGCUAUGGAUCACUUGUCUGGCUCUGUAGUAGAGGAGGAGGAUCUAUCAGUAGGGGAGGGGCUUAAUAUGCAAAUGACUUGAUGAAGAUGUAAAGGAGGAGGGAAUGAUUGCUAGGAUCACUUGUCUGGCUCUGUAGUAGAGGAGGAGGAUCUAUCAGUAGGGGAGGGGCUUAAUAUGCAAAUGACUUGAUGAAGAUGUAGAGGAGGAGGGAAUGAUUGCUAUGGAUCACUUGUCUGGCUCUAUAGUAGAGGAGGAGGAUCUGUCAGUAGGGGAGGGGCUUGAUAUGCAAAUGACUUGAUCAAGCAUAAUGUUGUAAGGAAAGAUUUUGUUAUGAUUGCAUUGAAGAGAUGGGAUCAUUUGGCUAGUAGCUAGGUGAUACAUGUACCCAUUCUGUAGCUGUAACAAUAAACAUUGGAAGAUUUUUUCAAUGAUAUUAAUGGCUUGUUAUGCAAAUUAGCUAUUGAGAAAGAAGAUCAUGCAAGCUAGUACUCACCAUGACAUUGCAAAGUACUUUCACCUCCUGUUAUAUAAUUUGAAAUGAACACAUGAUAUUUCACUGUUUAGUUACAAAGGCUAUAACAACAUUGAAAUUAAAAUAAUGGUCACUAGUGUAGAGUGUCUUAUAAAAAUAGAAAGUACUGCUUUUAAGUGAUUAGAAGUCAGGGGCAAGAAUGGACAUGAAUCCCUUAAGGAAGUGUUGAUGGAACAUGGCAUGUGAUGUGUUAGUCCCAGAACACCUUGCAUCUUGGCAAGAUGUUGAGUAUGGUACUUCUUUAGAUAAGUAGGGGGCAAUUGGCAGAGCUCAAAGGAUGAUAGUGUAGGAUACUUUAAUAAAGUAACAAGGAGCAUCUUGGAAAGGCUGUGAGUUUUUAUAAAGGAUGUGUUAUGGGAAGGGUCUGUUUGGGAUGGCCUGAGCUUAGGGUAUUUUUUUCUGAGUUCUAAGAGUGUCACCUUACUAGACUUAUGGGUAGCUCUUUGGAGAAGAUGGGGUGUGUCUUAGCAAUGCUUGAAAUAGUUUUGUAGAGUUGUAUAAAAUAUCUUAAUGUUGGAUAGAGUGGUAUGGAAGUGGCCUAUUACAGAAUAAGACGAGGAGAUAAAUGUAUUUGAUACUGCAUGUAUUAAUUAAAUACUUUAUUUACAUGUAAUAUUGAAAAAAAGCAGAAAUAAGUCAGAGGAACCCCUUGGUAUAUGACAACAAAUGUUGUCUUUCAUUGAUAUUAUGAAAAGUAUACAAGUUUUUGCAAAAGAAGUAUUUCAUACCUAUUGUUAUAAGAAGUCUAUAAAAAAAGGAAUGAUAUUCAGUAAAAUAUUGUCAAAUGGCAUGUUAUAACCAGAAAUGCUGGUAUUCUGCAGUUUUUAUGCAGUGUCUUAAAAGAAAGUGUUUUGUGCUAUUUUCUGGUUGUGAAUGAUAUGUAUGUAUAAUGCUUUAACUCAUUUUUUGUAGUCAUUAUUAUGUGUGUCUGUGAUAUUCCAUUUGAAGUAGUCAUUUGUAUUAAUUCUUUGAAAUUGAUGAAUAAUUUGAAAAUGCUCAGGAAUAUACUAUUUGUAUAUUUUUCAAUGUUUGCAAAAACUCCUCAACAU